AUGGGAUAAACAAAGCGCCAUUUUUGAAGUGCUAUAUUCUUUCCUUUUAUCACGUCGUCUGAUGACAUUAUAAGGAAAUAUGUCAAAACGUAGAGGUUUGAGUUUGGAUGAGAAAAGAAGCAGAAUGAUGGAGAUCUUCUUUGAAAAGAAAGACUUUUUUCAGUUGAAAGAAUUGGAGAAAAUUGGUCCCAAAGAGAAGGGAAUUACAUCAAUGUCAGUGAAAGAUGUAGUACAAAGUUUAGUUGAUGAUGGAAUGGUUGAUACAGAUAAAAUUGGUACAUCUAUUUAUUUUUGGGCAUUUCCCAGUAAAGCCAGUCAGAAUUGUAAGCGUAAAAUAGAAGAGCUGAGUGAAAGAUUAGAAGAAAGCGAAAAGAAACGAAAUAUAUUAACAGAAAGAAUAGAAGAAGCACAGAAAGGACGAGAAGACAGUGUGGAACGAACACAAUGUUUGAAGGAGCUGCAAGAAAAAGAAAAACAGAAAAGUCACUUUUUAUCUGAAUUGGAAAUGUAUAAAGAAUGUGAUCCGGAAGUGUUAAAAGAAAUACAGAAUGAGACUGGUGUGGCCAAGGAAGCUGUCAAUAGAUGGACAGAUAAUGUUUUCAACAUCAAGUCAUGGUGUAAAAAGAAAUUUGGAUUUGAAGAGAACGUAAUUGACAAACAGUUUGGUAUUCCAGAAGAAUUUGACUACCUGGACUAA